AUGGGAAGUUCACCAAGUCGCAUUUCAUACAAAAAUCCAAAGCCGUCUUUUAGAUGUGUAAGAAAAUCACAAAGAAAUGACACAAAUUCCAGCCCUAUAAGAAGUGAUAUGGACUGUUUUAAAAAGUUGAGUUCUGCAUUAAAUGGGUGCAGGACCCAAGCAAGCUGAACAAAAGAGUAUCUUAACUACGCUAACUGUUAA